CCUCCUCCGACGUCCAUGCCACAAGCCUGCGACCCUUGCUUGCAUUGUCAGACUUCCUAUCAUCUCCGAUGUUUCCCUGCUUCAUUCUCUAUUUACUUCCGACAUGGCGGUGAUCCUGAGGGCCACAUUCAGGUGGUUUUUGCCACGGUUUCCAGAUGGCAGACACUAGCUUCCAGGCGCUGACACCGUACCAUUGUGACGACCGACUGAAGGUUCCUCUGCUAUCGAAUUGCGGAAUGUCUUUCGUGAUGGAGGCGGAAGCGCAGAACAGUGUUUUUCCAUGGACCACGAAAUCCUGAUUGAAUGUUGAAUCGUGGGGUGCUUGUUGAAAGUGGCGGUGAGACACGGUCUAAGCUGGUUUCAAAACAUAUGGGGAAACCGACUCACUGGGACCACCGGGUCCCCCGAGACAAUGGCAGCUGGGUAAUCCCAGACUCGAGAGGGUUGGUGUGCCGAGGCCGAAAUUCCACCUUGCUGACGGAGAACAAUUUACAUGGCUCUUAUUCAAGGCAACCUUCAGUCACACGAUUCCUUACGAUUCCUUGAUGAUCCUCGAUGAAGGUCACGAUUAGGUGGUCUAUAACGUUAUGCGAAUAACGAAACCCAUGAUCGGGCCAUGGAUUUGUUUUCUUAAAACGUAUCGUUCGAUUGGCGUAUGCUUGGGCCCGUCCACUUGCCACCUGCUUUGGCUCGUACACAUGAGGCAAUCGGGCAGCUUCAACCUUUAUUUUACGGCAUGACGCUCGUGCUUCAAAAGGCGUCGAUUUCUUAACGCUUUCUCCCCACCUCCCCACUACUCACUCUCUUCCUCAGUCUUCAUACUCGAUGCCUGCUUGCAGCAAAUGCGAUUACAGCACAAAACGGGGCGUGGACAUGAAGCGACAUUUGGCCACACAUUUGAGUCCGGAAAAAAAGGCAGCGAAAUCCUUUCACUGUACCUACCCAGAAUGCGAUUACAGGGCAUUGCAGAAGUCGAACCUCGAGACUCACAAGAAAAAGCACACGGGGACAAAAGACCAGUGUUGUCCUGAUUGCACUUUCCGGGCCUCCGACCCGGGUUCUCUGGUGCGCCACCGGAAGAAUCGUCAUCAAUAUAAGCCCCGUCAGCGCAAGCGUCAGAAAAUUUCCAGCUCCCGUUCAGCGUCUAAGAGGUCGAGUUCUUCCAGGCCGAUCAACGUUAGUACUCCUUUGAGCACCGCCACCCCACCAUCACUUGCCCGGGCGACCCCUAUCCAGGACUUUCAAGACUCGAUGGCUCACCUCGACUCCACUGCAUCUACCAGCAGCGGUUUCACGCUUCCUAGCUUCCAAGAAGCUUUCGGAGCCGAUGCCCACUACGGCCUUGAGCCUGGUUCGCGUUUCGAAUAUGGCAAUCGCUAUCCUUCUUCUGGUGUGCGAUACCAGCCUUACUAUCAUCACCGCUCGGAUACCUUGCACCGCGACGGCUACCGGUACUCUCUUUCGUAUGCCACGACUGCCACGACUGCCACGACUGGCUACCACUCGGAUGUUGAUUAUGACUAUUCGUCUUCUUCAUCUGACUCUCCUCUCCAGGCUCGUGUCAGUGGCUCUCAGUUCGAUGGAAACCGUGGUGGUUAUUACUCUGACCAUGGUGGAAGUGAAGUUCGUGGAUAUGACGUGGGAGAUUAUUCUAUGUCGUACACGUAUCCAACUCAGCUCCCCCCCUUUUGACUGGAUAUAAGUGCGCUUUUUGUUCUGGUUUACCAUCAUAACGAUAUACACACCGUCUCUUUCUUUUUUUCACUCUCUUUUUUCACUCUCUGAUAUAUUUAUAUGAAUUUUCUUUUUACACUUUCGAAAUGACUUUUCUAAAGGGAUGAAUGAUUCGGAUGGGAUAGUAUGCAACGC